UCUCAGAGUGCGAUGCCCGCGAGCUCGGGACCGCCGCCUCGACGGACCAUCUUCAAGCGCAAAGACCUGCUCCGGCAGCAUUUGCGCCGCAUGCACAUGCCGCCUGCGGACGCCGCGGCGGCGUCCAGGAAGGAACCCACCCCGGAGUGGGACGAGCGCCUACGGCAGCUCCAGGCGGACGCCGAGACGCGCCGGUGCGCUUUACCCACGUACAUGCGGUGUCCCGUGCCCGACUGCAAGUUCAAGGUCCGGGGGCCGAAUGCCUGGGACAAGCGCAUGGAACACGUUGCUACGCACCUCGAGCGGGCGGCCGAGGGGAACGGGCCGAGGGUCCAAUUCGGCGGGGAUUCGGACCCGACGCUUACGGAAUGGGCGGAGGGUGACGAGGUGGGUGUCAUACGGCGAAACUCAGGUGGAGAGUGGGAGCUGGUGAAUCCGCUGCGCGGG